GCCCGGUCUCUUUUUCUUUCUCCCGUUAGCGGUGAAGGUGCAACAGUAAUCGGUCGUCCCGAGCCCGGGUUCAUCCGACACCCUCACCACCCGAAGCUGAACUGAGCUCCACCUGCACAGCGACAACAUGCCUCCCAAAUUCGACCCCAACGAGGUUAAGAUCGUGUACAUGAGAUGUACAGGAGGAGAAGUCGGCGCCACCUCAGCUCUGGCCCCCAAAAUCGGACCUCUGGGUUUGUCUCCCAAGAAAGUUGGUGACGACAUCGCCAAGGCAACCGGUGACUGGAAGGGCCUGAGGAUCACCGUGAGGCUGACCAUCCAGAACAGACAGGCCACGGUUGACGUCGUUCCCUCUGCGUCUGCUCUGAUCAUCAAAGCUCUGAAGGAGCCUCCUCGUGACAGGAAGAAGGUCAAGAACAUCAAGCACAGUGGAAGUGUGACCUUCGAUGAGAUUGUGGGAGUUGCUCGCACCAUGAGGGCUCGCUCCAUCGCCAGAGAGCUCUCUGGAACCAUCAAAGAGAUUCUGGGCACCGCUCAGUCUGUCGGCUGCACCAUCGAUGGGCGUCCUCCCCAUGAUGUCAUCGAUGACAUCAACAGCGGCAAAAUCGAGUGUCCAUCCGAUUAAAUGAACAAAUAAAAUGUUCAAAAACUGAA